AUGUUGCUCAUUUAUGAGCACUGUAAAAUCCUUGCCAUCCAAGAAAACAAGAGGUUGUCCGCUUCUCUAGGGAGAGGCAAGAGAAAGUUGGAGGAAAGCGAACCCAGCAAGAAGGAGGCUACUCCAAGCAAAAAAAGCAAGAGCGCCACUGGGAUGAAAUCCCAUGAUGAAAAGAAUGAUACAGAGGAAACUGGAAAAGAGGGUAGUGAAAUGGAAACAGAUGAGUCAAAGGGUGAGGAAAGUUGGAAAGAUGAGGACGUGGGUGCCGAGGAAGAAGAAGGUGAGAACGAGUCCGAUAAUGAUAGUCCAAUUCUCAGUGCUAGCUUAGGCAACAACAAUAGCCAGCCUAUGUCGGAUAAGGAUGAUAAGGAUAAUGAGGAAAAAGAUAUGAUUUCUAAGAGGGAGAAGAAAAAGGAACCCGAGAAGGAAAUGUCUAAAGAUAGUUUGAGUGAGGAUAAGGAGAGCGUUGGAGAAGGCUCCAAAAGGCUUAGAUGGGCCCUGCUAGCCCUCAAGGGCUUAAAAAAAAUGGGCCCCUGGUCUGCUAGGCGACCAGGAGCUUGUGCAAGGCCGGUGGCGGCGCAGGGGCGGUGCCGCUGGUUCCAGCGAAGGGCGGGCGGUGCACGGGCAGCACGCGGGCAACGCGAGCUGUGGGUUUCACCGACGGCGCAGCGGUGGCUGCCUGGUCGCGGCCGGUGGGAACCGCCGGUGGCGAUGGCCGGGCAGUGUCCGCCCGGCGGCGCACCGGCGGUGUGUGCCUCUAAAUGGCUGCGCCCUUUUUAA